ACCUUCCGGCUGGAAUCCUUGGUGUGUUGUCCGUUACCAUGGCUGUUAGUUCGCGGAGAUGCUUGGCCAUCGCAAGCCUGGUCAUGUCCAUCCUUUCUGCAGUAAUGGCUUCCAGCAAUCUAGCAGUGUAUGGUUGGGCCAUUGUUCUGUCUGCGCCGCCGUUGAAUUCCCUCCUGGUGAUUACUUCCUUGCUUGAACUCGUCGUGUCAAUCACUGCCGCUGUGUACUGCUGCUUCGUCAUGAGUGAAUAUCAACUGAACAACACCACCACGAUCCAGUACGUCUCCACUCAAGCCACCCCACAGGUGAUUGUGUACAACCAGCCAGCCGCCGUGCCCUACACACCAGGCGCCCCAGGCAUGUUCGUGACUAACCAGGCCCCAGUUCAACAGCAGGCCUUCGGGGCCAGCGCUGCUUGUGCACAAGAAAUGGAAAAGGAUUCCAUGAACUUUACUUGAGUCUGCAUUCAGAAAACAGCCGUCGUGCAUAGCUUGAGCGACUUCGGGCAAAAUUAGUUUGUUUUCGUCAUUAAAAAAAAAAAAAAUUAUCAAUAAAUCCUUCGAUUCUUAAUACGGUUUGUACUUUUAAAAUUUCUUCGCUCAAAAUUCACUUGCUAAACUUCUAAUUUAAGUUAAUAAUCCUUUAUUAGGUUUGUUUUGUUAUUUUCUAAAAUCCAUUUUAGUAUAUCAUUUUUGCGUUGUUGCUACUUUCCAUGUUCACGUAAUUGAAAAUUCCUAUGCAAAUAUAAACUGCCAAAUUUGUUAGGCUUAAAUAAUUAAGAAAUAAGUAUGAAAUCAAAUAUUAAAAAAGUGCAUCAUAACUAUGCAAUUAAACCUCUAACCUUGAUCAAUAUAAUUCACGCUUAUGUAUAUAUUUGCUUCGAUUAAGACAACGCAUUGUCUUUUAAAGUAAUUUUGUGAGUAUUUUCCGCUGUUUGUUUUCUGAAAGUUAGUGUUUUUUCUAAGUUGACUAGGCCUCCUUGUGUCAUACAUAGUACGGAGCCCUUCGCAAAAAAUCCUCGAGAUCCGACAUUAUAUAGCUGGGUAAGAGUUGUGAAGAGCACAAAUCCUGGCUUAAUAUAUUUUUUUACAAUAUAAUGUUUGGUACUCCACUCUAUCUGUUUUUACGCUAAUAAUAUUACUCUACUGUAUCUAGAGUGACUGUCAUCAGUCUUGUAUCUGUGGUUUUUUCCCCCAGUAAUACUAUAUCAUUACUCUAAUCUACCUAGAGUGACCACCAUCAGUCUUGUAUCUUUUUUCAGUUAUAUUCAUAUUAGUACUCGACUCUUCCUCAAGCGACUGCCAUCAAUUUUUAUCAGUAAUUAUUAUUAUUCUACUCUACCCAGAGUGACCGCCAUCAGUCUUGUGUCUGGGUUAUUUCCAGUAAUAAUAUAUUAUUACUCUACUGUCUCUACCUAGAGUGACCGCCAUCAGUCUUGUAUCUGGUUUUAUACCAGUAAUGAUAUAUUAUUACCUACUCAUCCUAGAGUGACCGCCAUCAGUCUUUUAUCUGUUAUUUUUUUCAUUAAUAUAUAUUAAUACUCUACUCUAUCUAUAGAUUGACCGCUAUCAUUCUUGUAUCUGGGUUUUUUCAGUGUUAUUACUCUACUGUACUUCAAGUGACUGCCAUACAUCAGUCUUGCAUCUGCUUUUGGUAAUAAUAUGUUAAUCGCCAUAUGCAGCAGUAAGAAAAUGCAUUUAAUAAAAAUGCUACGAAGUUGAACGUUA